UCUCCCUAUUAAUUUCCACUUACUGCACUCGCUUUCCCUCUCUACUCCCACCACUCGCCAUUAACACACCACGAAAUGAAGCAGCAGCUGGUUCUCCCACUCCCCCGGCGCUUGACUUCACGUAAUCCGCUUCAGUGAAAUGAUAUAGCAUGGGCUUCUUCCGACGACUCUUCGGCGGCUCCAAGGACAAGCACCACCGGCGUUGGAGCUUCAUCAGAUCGCUCAACGACAAGAGCCGCUUAGCCCUCCCCAGCGCCCACCACUACCCCCUCGGUUCCGACGACUUGGACGCCAGCAAGCACGCCAUCGCCGUCGCCGCCGCCACCGCCGCCGUCGCCGAGGCCGCCGUCGCCGCUGCUCAGGCCGCCGCGGAGGUCGUCAGGCUCACCAGCGGCGUGGGCGGCGGGGUUGUCGGAGGAGGAGCCGCGAAAUGUGCUGUUCCGGCGCAGUUCUGCGGCAACCGCCCGCGCCUGGAGUAUUUGGCCGCUGUUCGGAUUCAAUCCGCAUUUCGAGGCUAUCUGGCACGGAGAGCACUUAGAGCACUGAAAGGUCUGGUGAAACUCCAAGCGCUGGUGAGAGGCCAUAUUGUGAGAAAGCGGAUGACAGACAUGCUCAGGCGCAUGCAAACAUUGGUUCGCGUGCAGGUACGGGCUCGUGCAAGUCGCUCUUAUACACCAGUUUCUUCACAUUCCACCAGCAAGUCCUCUUUAUCUCAUCACCCGAGAUGUGGCUCAAAUUCAAACUUUAGGGGAAAUAUUGACAUGGAAGGGGCAAAAUUUGGAUCAAAUUGGCUAGACCGUUGGACGGAAGAAGGCGUAAGGGACGACCAUGAGGAUGCUCCACCAAGACAUCGGCAUGAUGACGAGAGGAGCUCAAAGAUUCUUGAAGUAGACACUUGGAAGCCUCACUUGAAAUCUCAAAGAAAACAGGAAACUUACCAAUCCCUGCAUCAACCUAUAGAAUCCAACUACGUAAAUCAGAAUGUGAUGGUGUCCGACUCUCCAUCGAAAUACUUGUCAAGAGCACCUCACCCAGCGGCAAGUUUAUCCUCGGAGGAGAUUCUUUCAUCAAGGUCUCUGCAUUUUCCCGGAGGUAAAGGUGAAAUGCUCAAAUCUGCUGAUAAUAGCCCACAAGUGAAUGCUCUCUCAUCUAGGCCUGGAAGUAGCAGUGCGAGGAGAGGUCCCUUCACACCAACGAGAAGCGAAUGGUCGUGGGGCUUCUUUAGCGGGUACUCAUGUCACCCGAAUUAUAUGGCCAACACUGAAUCGUCUCGGGCCAAGGUUAGGUCGCAGAGCGCCCCCAGGCAGAGGCUCGAGUUCGACAAGUAUGGUUCUACAAAGAGAUCUCUCCAGGCAUCUUGGGAUGCCGGGACUGCUUCGGAGAGGAAUUACCCGCUAUACGCUGACUUAAGGAGCAAAGCUUAUGCGGUCUCCAACCGGUUGGAUAGACUAGGGAGUACCAAUUUGAGGUGACACAGCUUUGGUUUUCACUUCCUUGGCUUCGGUCCAGUCUUGUGUGUGAUGAUGUGUGGUGGUGAUUCUGUCAAAUUCACGGGAAGUUAAUCUGUGAGUGCAAACCCCUUUGAUAUUUGUCCUGUUUUUGCUAGUCGAGUGAGUGCUUUUCCCCUGUUUUUCUUUUUCGUUAGUCAGAGUGACCCUCCUCUAUUUGUUCCCCUUGUCAAUGAACACAAUAAAGCUGUGUACUUGUGAGACCCUGUAAAGUACUAAUUUUUACUUGAACAUUUGAUUGCUCCUUCUGCA